GAGCGGACCUGUGUGAAAACUGCUCCGGUGAGGUCUGGCGGAGAGCAGGUUGAUUCGAUGGCGUCCGGCUCUGUUUUACAUAAAGCCCCGGUGGGCGGGGGAGCGAGCGCAGUAGUUAGAAUGAGCGGGGAGCGGUGGGGUCUUUUGGCCGCGGUAGGGGAGCGGCUGGCGGCUAUUGCCCGCAGCGCGGUGGCGGCGGGAGUCGAGCUGCGAGCCGCGUUGCAGGAGGAAGGACCAGCAGCGGAGCCCGAAGGCGGCCAGGUGCUGCAGCCGGAGAAGAGUGGGGCGAGCUCGUCCGUAUUGGUUAGGCUGGGUGAGCUCAGGUUGAAACCGCUGAGGAGUGGGGGCGCAGACCGGGGCCCAGCCCACAGGUCUGCUAAGCAGGAAGAUGAUAAAAGCAAGUCCCAAGAGGAACUUAUCCCAGCAACCACUACUGCACCCCAGCAGUGGGAGGAGGUGUUUGCCUUGGAGGCUCCCUCUACCAUCCAGCAAGACGGGAACCAAGAUAUGGGCAUGUUGGCACUAGAAACUAUUGUGAAAAACCAGGAGGCAAUGAGGUCGCUGAUGGCUGAGCUGGUGCAAAGCAUGGGCGCUGUGGAGCAGAGGAUCUGUAACAUAGAGCAAGAGAUGGGGCUGAUCACUAGAUUCACCCAGGAGCUAAAUGAAUUGGGUGAAGACAACUGGACUUGAAAGUGCUUAUGACUUGCCCUGGGUCAGGUACAAAACUAACUGUCCUGUUCCACAUUUCACUACAGCCCCCAUGGCCGUUGUUCUGGGAUAUAAUUUGUGAAGCAUCUAGAGAAGUUGUUAACCAGUUCUUAUGGGAGUGAGGCAGCUAAGAUGUAGAGUGAUUUUGCAAAAGCACUUACCUUAACAGAUUAAUCAGUUUUUAAAGAUGUGUGCAGGUUUCAGAAAUGCUGAAAUCUCCAUUCUCUGCAUUGGUAGACUUAGAAGCCUCUACGUUGUAGAGCUUCGGAGUAAGUUGCUUCUCCUUUUCCCAAGUUGCCAAAAUAUUGAUGGGUUCCCUAACAAAGCUUGUUGUCCCCAAAGCAAAACCAUUCCCUCACUGGGUAGAUUAUUCUUCCUCUCACAUAGGCAUCAACUGAUCUGGUCUCUUGGCAUGCUGCCUCAGUCUAAAUAUCCUGAUGCACAAUGAACAAACAGUGGGCUGCAUUAAAGGAACAAAUCUAGUUAUCUUCUCAUGAACUUCUGCAGAUUGUGGUUGUAUUUAUAAUAAAGGAAGCUUUUAGUCUCCUACCAAUAACACACGAGGGAUUUGUGCGUGUUCCAGCUCUGUUAACUACUUUCACAUUUGCUUAAAGAUCCCUACAAAUGGAUACCUGAAAAUAAAGCAGUGGCCGUUAAUCUCUAUUUGAUCUGGGGCUCUGUUCAGUUUUUUAGCAUUCAGGCGUGGAAUGUAGAUGCACCUGAAAUGCUUAUGGGGGUGAAAUAUUCAAUUAUGCUGGAUUGGAAGGCUGGAUUAUUUUUUUGUUUGACUGUAAAUCAGUUCAAGCAGCCUUGGCAUAUACCAGUGUAACAGACUUUCACUGCUACUACAUGUUUUAGUCUGUAUUUCCACUAAUACCUUCUCUGCUUCUGGUAACCUGAAUUGUUUAUAGCAGAUCAAAUACUAGUUAAAAUUUCUUGGUCAGUAACUGAUUUUUGGGAAUUUGUAAAACAUGCUAGUCCAUUGAUAUUAGGCCAGUGAUAGAAGUAGCUGAUGAAUUUAAAACAAUAAAAUAUAUGAGAUAAAUUAAUUGCUUUAUUAUUAAACCAUAUUUAAUGAGGUCUAGGGGCACAGAUCAGCUGGUGUAAAUUUUCAUGGCUUAAUGUAGCUCUGGUAGCCUAUACUAAGUGAGGAUCUGCCCUAGUGUCUUAAGAACACAUGUUUAAAAAAAGGCUUGUUUUAGACGUAAGUCCCAGUCUCUGGUUUCUCUAAGAGAAAGUUUGGUAUGGGUGGUUCUGAAGAGGAGCGGGGGCUGGUGGUUCUUGCCUGGCAGAAAAGUCUGCACUUUUCUAUUUAUCUGAAUGUAUUUAUUCCCUUUCUCCUGUUCUGAUGCUUUUGGACAGAAAGUGCUCUGUGUUUUACGUUUGCAUAACUAAAUUGGACAAUGAUUACGUUCACUGCACCUUAGUAAAUGUUCAGCUGAUGGAAAAAAA